AUGAAAGCCAUUGGUUAUACUCUUGAUGAUAUCAAGGGCAUCUCUCCUGAAUUAUGCAUUCAUAGAAUUCAUUUGGAGGAUGAAACUACGUCUAGCAUUGAACCUCAAAGGAGAUUGAACCCGAAUCUAAAGGAAAUAGUGAAGAAGAAGAUACUCCAGAUGCUUGAUGUUGGGAUAAUCUAUCCCAUCAGUGAUAGCACUUGGAUAUCUUCAGUUCACUGCGUCCCAAAGAAGGGAGGAAUCGCUGUCAUAAAAAAUGACAAAGAGGAGCUGAUCCCCACUAGAACAAUAGUGGGACAUCGCAUAUGUAUAUACUAUAGAAAGUUAAAUUCUGUAUCUAGAAAAGAUCAUUUCCCUCUUCCUUUCAUUGAUCAGAUGCUUGAAAGAUUGGCAAACCAUCCCUUUUACUGUUUUCUUGAUGGUUACAGCGGUUUCUUCCAAAUCCCGAUCCAUCCAAAUGAUCAGGAGAAGACCACUUUCACAUGCCGUUAUGGGAUUGAGCUCGAUCGAGCCAAGGUGGACAUGAUGCUGCAGCUUCCUGUGCCUAAGACUGUGAAGGAUAUCAAGAGCUUUCUGGGUCAUGCAGGGUUUUACAGAAGAUUCAUUAAGGAUUUCUCUAAAGAUGCUCUGGUUUCUGCUCCAAUUGUUCAAGCUCCAAAUUGGGAUUACCCAUUUGAGAUCAUGAAUGAUGCUUCUGAUUAUGUAGUUGGAGUUGAUGUUGGCCAGAAGAUUGACAAGAGGUUGAAUGUCAUCUAUUAUGCAAGCAGAACUAUGGAUGAUGCUCAGGUGAUUGUCCACACAGAUCAUGCUGUCCUUAGGCACAUCUUUGCUAAGAAGGAUACAAAACCCAGGCUUCUUAGAUGGAUUUUGUUGCUCCAAGAGUUUGAUAUAGAGGUUAGACUUGAAGAGGUCAAGGCUCUGCGAGAUGAGAAUCUGCUUUGGUCCAAAGCUCCUCAAAUCAGGAGCCCAGUGCUGAGAUAUGUGCACAAGGCGCUUGCGAACACCUUCUUUGCAAGGAAGGCAACCGGCACAAUCAAUGAAGGAGAGCUCAAGCUACUUGACAUGGGGAUCCAGCCCAUACUCUCCUACACAAGCGAUGAAAGAAAGAUCCGUGGAGACACCUCAUACACAGGGAACCUCAUGCCCUUCCUUGAUCGACUCCUCACCUACAAGACAACAGCCUACAACACUCGAUUUCAAAAAAAGAGGAGGAUGAGCAUUGGAGGACUCAUCACACCAAUUCUGUGUGCAGCUGGUGUGAAUCCAACUCACUUUAAGGCCACUCCACCUGGUUGGAUGGACAUCAAGUUCUGCAAAACAAACAAUCUCAUCGAUCACAAGGAGGUGAAUGGGAGGUCCUAA